AUGGAAUUCCACUUCGUCAAUCAUGGCUCUGUUGGGUCGAAAAGCCGCAAGGUUAUCCGUAGCCAUGUCAUGAAGGGAAAGAACUCUGGCAAAAAGCACGUUGCUCGGGGUCGAAAAAGAACAAGAAUUGCGACUCGAAAUGAGCCCGCCUCGCCGCCUCGGGACAUGAUUUCUACACUGCGUCGAAUGGUGGGAGACGAUCUCUCUUCAUAUUCUCCAGGCACCAAGUUGUCGCCUCACACACGCCUUUUGUUCCACCAGUACUUCUACAUACUCAGCGAGGCCUUGUUUCCUCCAGAGUUCUGCCAGGCACAGAACCCCAUGAAGACAGUGUGGUUCGAUUAUCUCCUCAACGAUAAAGCCUACUUUCAUGUCUCUCUCUCGAUGACCGCAACGUGCCUCGACUUCUUCGAGUACAAGGACCACGAAUCGCCUCAAGCCAUCGCUCACAUGACAACGGCCUUUGCUCUCGUGAACCAAAAGCUUUCGGGCCUGGAGUCUCUGUCAGAUGCGACUAUCGCAUUGGUAUCCAUGUUGAGUUGCCAAGAAUCAAUAAGAGGAGACCUCGAAAAGUACAAAAUCCACCUGGCUGGUCUCGAUCGAAUGGUCCAGUUGCGAGGCGGCUUACACGCUUUUGAACAAAACAUGGAGCUGUUUCACAAAAUUUGCAGAUCCGACAUCCAGUACGCCCUUCACACGGACUGCCCUGCAUUCUACCACCACGACGUCAUGCCACAGCGCAUCAUGCAAGAAAUCUGUAGAAAUCCACUACACCCAGACAGGCCGCUGGCGGAGAUCUUCAGUGCCGCCGAACCAACAAUAAAAGAUCUUGUGCGGGAAAUCGACAGUAUCAGUGUCUUUCUGAGCAACUGCGGCCUGCAGUCCAAGCUUACGGCCGAUGAGUUCCAGUCCAUGCUUUCAUCUCUCGGCUAUCGCCUGCUGCGCGUCCGAGAUCAGGGGUACACUUGUCCUGGUGACCUCCAUGGAGCUUGCCUUCUGGGAGUCAUGAGCUUUUACACCAGUCUUCUGCUUCAGUUUGGUCGUCAGCGACAUUUGCUUUACGAAAGGAUUUCCCGACGACUCAAGGUCUCUGUUCGCGUGCUUGAUCUCGACUCGGCACAUUCACAGUUUUUGCCCACACUAUUGUGGUUACUGAUGCUGGGAGCUAUCUCGGUGUUUGAGAAGGAAGACGAUCCUUGGCUUCUACCCGAACUUGCCCGUGUCUCUGAACAAUUGAUGCUCAAGACUUGGGAGGACAUCCACUGUGAAUUGAAGAGAUAUCUUUGGAUUGACUCGAUUCACAAUGGACAAGGCAGGCGGUUAUGGGACAAGGUCCAAAGAUAUCAAGCAGACAAAAUGGUGUAA